ACGCGCGCGCGCGCGGGCGCACAUCUCACUCACACAUAAGGCACGUAAAUCGCGACACGCGAGCAUCAGCUCGCGGUUGUUUAUGGUGCGCGCGGCGGACAAGCGCUGAGAGCGCAAGCUGCGAGUAAAAAUUCCAGUCGUCCCGUAGGCCGCAGCAAGCAAGCAGGGAGGAUGUGCCUAUAAUGUUCAUCAGUUCAAUAGUGGGCUACCUGCAGGAGCAAGGAGGUGCGUGGAUCGGUAGUGCUAGGAAAGGGAAAACCGUCCACCGGAAUCUACGGGACCAAGUGGCUCCUGGUGUAAAGUGCAACCGAAUUGGCGUGUUUAGGGAGUAGAAAAUAGAAGCUAAAAACGGAAAAAAAAUCACGUGAAAUAGUGAAUGCAUUUUGUUGUGCGUGAAACGCUGUUUCGAUGAAUGAUCCGGUGCCGUAACGUAGUUGGCUUGGAACACAGUGUACAGUGUGUGUGUUCGUCGGUUGCUGUGUUGUAGAUAGAGUGUUUCGUCGUUCUCACCCGACGAUUAAUUAUAAGUAUGUGAUUCCUGUCCCCCAAACCAACCCCGUUGAAACAGUGAGCGAUUAGCACAAAGAGCACAUCAUUGUGAAAACCUCUACAGGCCGGCCUACCAGUGUGUUUCGAUCGUGUGUUGGAUGUGUAUCUACAUGGAGUAAAAAAAAAAGUAGAACAACGGCCUGCUUGGCAACGACCAACAAAUGUCAGCAUAGCCCAACAUCGCGCAUCCAUGGCAUUGGGAAGGUGAACAAUUCGGAUGAAAUCAAACGCUAUCAUAUCUCGUGUCGAUACGAUCGCCUCGUCAGUGUGUGAUGUGGCAAUGAUGGCCAAUGGUUCUUGUGGUUCGUUGCCGCUGCAGCAGCUGCCAUUGUUGGCACUGUGGUGAUGGCACUACUGCCCCCCCUCCCACCAACCAUGGCGACAACAGCAGCAGCUAUAUCAACAACAACAUCAACAGCAAAAACUACCGUCCUGUGGCGGCGGAGACGCUUCGUGAGCGCGAUUAAUACCAGCUGUGUAUUUGCGUGCGUGUGCGUAGGAGUGUGCAAUGGUGGCUGUGACCUGAACCAUUAACCCUUCUACCCACUAUUGACAGACGAGCGGGCGACGGGCGUGCGCGCUUCGUGCUGCUACUGCUGCUGCUGCUGCUUGCAGCAACAACAACGCUGGUGGCAGUGCGCCGUGUGGGUUGAUGAUUGUGAAAGCCGUAGACGAAGCCGUCACGCGCGCGCGCGUGUGUACGUGUGUAGAGUGUUGGUUGUUUAUGUUGCUUGGUAUUUUGUAAAUCGAUGUGAAUGAAUUUCAACCAAAUAGCUGGCAGGAUCAGAUUGGAGGUUGCCAGUGCAGAGCAUCAGUCAAUGAGGAUCAGGUUGAUGGCGCAGUGUGGCUCUCUCGCUCGCUCUCGCUCUCUGUACGACGACCUGCCUGACCUCCGGCUACUCCGUUCCAUAGACUACUACUACUUGCUGGUAGAGAGCACGAGAGGAGAUGCUGUGGUGUGUAGUGUGAUUGGGAUCAUAUGUGUGGGGCACCUUCGUCGUUUAAUGUUCCAUCUAUUGCCCACAAAUCGCACAAAUCUUUAUCCCGUACCGGCUUUUCGUGCGUGCUCUCCAGCAAACCAAACCAGCAACCGGGCCAGUGCCGCGACAGCAGCAUAAGCGAAUCAAUUGUAAAAGUAAAACAAAUAGCUGACAGUAGGGGCAGCAUAUGUUGGCGAAGGGGUCGGUACUGUGUUACGGUGCAAACCGCUUGGUGUUGUGGCUAUCCGAUAACAAUAACAAUGCACCAGCGACCAGAAGCAACCGCGGUAGAGACCGGUACAUUCACACCGUCUCCAUGCGCGCUGUGAGGCGAAUGAAACGGCCACACUACAACUUCGCCUUUCAGCUUCUAAACAUUGGCGACCGUGCAUUCGCUAACGGAUACGCAAAAUUCCCUUUAAUAACCGUUGUGUAAAUCCCAACUUGCAAUCCACGCAGCAGUAUGUGUAGUAUGUAAUAGUAGCGAGUGCAAUUCAGAAAGUUAAUCGACAGCGAUCCAGCAUGUGAUAAACGACGGCGAACGAGUGCGUUAUGAUAGAUAGCAAGCUUCCAGCAUGAAACGUUGAAGGAAACGUUGAGAUCCAGAGGCGGCAACCCAGCGGCCAUAAUCACCGGGCAUCAGUAGCAAUGGUACCGUCGCAAAAAACGCAACCGAAGGAUCGCUUCCGUUGCAGGGAAAGCUAGAAAACAAUAAGUCGAAAGUGACCGCUGGGCGGAACACGAACAGGAAGAUAAUCAGCCACGAAGUGGCGUAUGUCAUACGAGGCGCCGAACAGACAGAGGACUUGCCGCGAGGCUAGCAUCAUAUAGGGAGCGCGCAAGUGCCAAGAGAGUUUUAUUAUUAAUGAGGAGAGAAACGACCAAGCCUAGGCCAACAAAUCGGUCGGAGGAGACAGCAUGAUAUCGCAAAAGCUGUCGUCACCCCAAUCGUCAUCGUCGUCGUCUGCCCAGAUGCUGCCACCCCCACGAUCGGCGCAACAAACGACGAGCGGGAACAGCGGCACGGCGGUGGAAACCGUUGCUGCAUCCAGCGCCACCAGCAUGACGACCACGGUGGCCAGCACCGCGACCUCCUCCGGCACGAAGAUGGCUUCGUUGACCGCUUCUUCCGGUGGCCAGGCGAGCAGUGUCGCGACAGGAAAGAGUGUCACGGCGAAUGCAACCCCUCGACAGCAUCCGAAGAAGCGGAAGUUCGAUCUGGCCGAGCUGGAGGAAAUGGAAUCGCAUCGUCCAGUCCAACCACCACCACCGCCACCAUCAUCAUCAGCUGCUGCUGCUAGUCUGCUUUCUCAAGCCGCUCCCCAGCCGAUCGACACUGGGCCUGGUCCAGGAGGGGGAAGAGAAGGAGGCGGAGGUGGAGGAGGAGGAGUAAGUGGUGGCGAUAAAUUAUCGUCCUUAACAGUGGCCAACGAAAGCGAACAGCAACACAACAGCAGCAACAGCAGCAGCAGCAGGUUGGAUAACGUUUACGAGCCAGAUCCGGCCAGGGGUAACGGCACGGUACUGAAGAACGGUACCGCAGCGGGUGGCCAUGGCACAGCCAAUGGCAACAGCUUCGAUGUGUAUAGUAGUAGCAGUAGUAGUAGCACUAGUAAUUGUAACAAUAAUACCAGUAGUAGCAGUAACUUAAGCAGAACCAUGAGCAGCAACAAUGCGGGCUUCGAUAAUACGAGCUUGACGGUAACAACGAUGGCACCGAUGAGCUCAUCGUCCUCGGUUCCGACGCCACUGAUUCGCGAACGACCAGUACACGAUCUACGCACCGAUAGCCCUGAUCGUCGAUCCAUAUCGUCAUCGUCUCCUUCCGGAAAUGGAGGGCAACCGGUGGGUGCCAGACUGUCGGAGAAUUUGCCCUGCGCUAGCCCAUCAUCGUCCGGCCAGUCGAUCGUGACAACCGCUCCCGGCUCGAUUGUGGCCAGCAGUACGAUUCCGAGUGCACAGCAGCAACAUGUGACACCGCGCCAAACUCACUACUAUCAUCCACAGUACGUCGGUGUUGGGACUGCAGCGAAUGGUGGGAGUAUUCUGGGCCAAACGACGAGUAGUCCUGGUGCUCUCGUUAGCAACAGCAGCAGCAGUAGCAGCAAUAGCAGUGCCGUUAAUCGAUCUCAGAGCUACACCAUUUCGACGAUCGCGCCUACGGUGGUGACAGUGUCAUCUCCUGGUGGCGGCACCCUGUUGCAUUCAGUACAUCAGCCGCACUCUAUGGUUGCCAACAAUCGCUCCGUGCUGCUGCCCGUUGAUACACCGGGCUCAACGACAACGACGUUGCGGCAACAGCAGCAGCAGCAGCAUCAACAGCAUGUGCUGCGACUGCAACGGACGUCCUCUCCGGGUGAAGCGUUUUAUUCCGGCACGAAAAAACUAUACACGACCGCCCCUUCCUACGGAUCACCGGGAAGCUACAAACCAUCGCAGGCAACGCAACCGGUCACGAACACUUCUACUCCUUCACCGAUCCAUCAGUUGCCACCAGCAGUGACAUUCUCGGUGCCACAACAGCAGCAGCAGCACUACCACCAACCACAUCAUCACCACCAUCACCGGCAACAAUCGCCACAACCGUCCCCGGUUGGACUGCUGGUUGAUGGUCGAACGACGAGUGCAGGCGGACUGCAACAGCAGCAACAGCAGCAUGUGGCCGAUCGUAAUGUAAUCGAUCUGAGCGAGUGGGUCAACCAUCGGGUGUUAGCCCGACGAAAGGAUGUUUACGAUUCCGGGCGCAUACGGGCCACGCAUGCACCGAGUACGGUUGUGAUCGGGUUCGACUAUCCUGAGGGUAGCCAGCAGACGUACGACGACGUGUUCCGAGGAAGUUACUACGCUGAAGCAGCAGGUGAUCAGCAGCAGCAGCAGCAGCAGGACAUAAUUGACGAUGUCUGUCCUGCAUUGGCCGAUCUGCAGCCAGGUGUGCGGGUGUGUGUCCGCGCCACAUGCGUCCAUCCGCACCCUGUCAGUACCGGCGGGGGAGACGUGUUUAUUGAGGGGAUUGUGAGAGAACUGCAGGCCAACAAGAAACAGUUCGUAGUGCAGAUCACCGGUGGUGGUAUCGGUGAGAAGCAGGAGAUGCGAGUAGUGAAGAGAGUAGACAUCCGACUGUUAAAACCGCCUUGGUGGGACGAACUAGAGGAAGCACUGGAUGCCGGUGUAAACGGUAGCCAACGGGUGAUCGGAUCGGUGUCCAGCAUGGUGCCCCAGGAUGGUGUAGAGCUAGGCGAUCAUCAGCAUCAACGCACGAUCGUCGGUUACGUGACUACAGCAACAGGCAAUCAUCAUUCGCACCAUUCGCAUCUGCAGGGAAGCGGUACUGCGAUCGAGGGUAGCAGUCUGGCCACACCGCCCACGGCAACGGUGAUUUACGCAAGCACGGGUGUCGGUCCACCGUACAAGAACAACAUUAGCAUCACGCAAGGUCGGGGGAUUCGGUACGAUCCGACCGGCGGAACGGUA